CGCGCUCCUGCAGGCGUAGGGACCUUGAAAGGAGGUGAGCCGGGCUCUAAUGCCCCCGCUCGCUUUAUUCCUGCGUGGCCUGGAUGCUCGGCACCGGUUUUUGUUUGGCUCCGUUCAAAUCCGCUCCCAGCCGUGGGUCUCGGAGCAGCGGUGUUGUCUGAGCCCCAGCUGCGCGUGGAUGGAGUUCCUUUGGGGCUUGGGCUGUGCCUGGCCUCCCCACACCCUCUCCCAAGCUCCCAGUUCUGCCCAGUUCCUCCCGGUGGGGAUGCUGAUCCCUGGGUUUUGGGGGCUGCCCUGCAGCCUGGGGUGUACAGGAGUCCCCGAGAGCAACUGUGUCCCGGGGCUGAGCUCCCGUUUCCCCUCCAUCUCCUGGGCUGGGCCAGCACCGGGCCGCUCGACGCUGCUCUCUGUGCCCCCAGGUUUUGCGGGGAGUGCCUGCAGCCCUGCCUCCAAGUGCCGUCCCCGCUCUGCCCGCUCUGCCGCAUGCCCUUCGACCCCAAGAAGGUGGAGAAGGCUUCCAGCGUGGAGAAACAGCUUUCGUCCUACAAAGCUCCCUGCAGAGGCUGCAGCAAGAAGGUGACCCUCGCGAAAAUGCGCUCUCACGUCUCAUCCUGCGCGAAGGUGCAGGAGCAGAUGGCCAACUGCCCCAAGUUCGUUCCAGUUGUCCCCACGUCCCAGCCUAUUCCCAGCAAUAUUCCCAAUCGCUCGACGUUCGUGUGCCCGUACUGCGGGGCCCGGAACCUGGACCAGCAGGAGCUGGUGAAGCACUGCAUGGAGAACCACCGCAAUGACCCCAACAAAGUGGUGUGCCCGGUCUGCUCAGCCAUGCCCUGGGGGGACCCCAGCUACAAAAGCGCCAACUUCCUCCAGCACCUUCUCCACAGGCACAAGUUCUCCUACGACACCUUCGUGGACUAUAACAUCGACGAGGAGGCAGCGUUGCAGGCUGCCCUGGCGCUGUCGCUCUCCGAGAACUGAGGGUGACUGCGGAGCAUCGGUUCGGACCCCCGUCGCACCCCGUCUCCUUUUGCACACUCGGCCUUCCUGCCGGGGAGGUGCGGAGCUCGUCAACCCCCCGGCACCCCCGGAGACCUGCUGCCACCUCUCUUCCCUCUCCUCUCUGGGCAAAUGCCACCUCGUUUAAGAAGGUGGAGUCUCUUUAGCGUCGCACUGGACCGGUGAGUGAGGAGAAACGUCCGCUGCUGGGAGGAGAAGAGGAGUCGGCGCCGAAGGGCUGGGAUCGUUCCUCGGUUAGGCAUUUCAUAUCCGUAUACGGAGCGUAUACCUGUAUCCAGAUCUAUUUAUUAUUAGAUGCUUUUUGGCACCAUCUGUCUUCAUGCUCUCUGUUGCAAUUGAAUAGGUAGGUAAAACUAUGAUGCAUUUUACGCAGAAAUGCCCCAGUUUGAAACUGCAAUCAUCCACGUCCUUUUUGAAAAGGAAGAAAAUGGCACGGAGCGUCUUUUUUUUAAACCCUACGAGGCUAUUUCCAGAGACGUCGGUCUGUCCCGUCCCCUGCGCUGCAGGCAGGAGCUGCCUCCUUUGCCUGCUACCGCGCAGGCCAGGCUGAAUCCCGGGGCGAGACGGUUGCCCUCGUGUGCCCCGUGAUGGCAGUGGGUUCGGAGGAGUCCGCGGGGACGGCGUCUGGCAUCCAGUGAAACUCUCGCCUUCCUCGUUUUGUACCGGCUCUUGUGAUACUGAGUUCUUGCAUUUUUCUACAUUAAUCGGCGUGAUGCCUUUUCCACGUUUUAUAGAGCGGGAACAGAAGCUGUUAGUCUUCACACUGCAAUAUCCGUCACCGGGGACCAGAGUAUUUUUAUGGAACAUUAUUGAGAAAGUAUAUUUUUUAAAAAUAACCCAAACAAACGAACAUGCUGUGGAUUUGAAAUCGGGCGGGAGGCAGGAGCUGGACCCCGGGCCGGCGGGUGGGACUCUGCGGAGGCCGUGGGAAUCAUGUGGGUGUCCUCUUUGGUUAUUUCUGGGCCGUUCCCUUCCCUUGUCGGCGUGUUUCUCCGCAGGCGGGUGGUGAUGCAGGAGAGGCCGGGUCAGAGCAGCACCUUGUCGGCUGGAGGAGCGGGUGCCGAGCGGCUCGCCGGGCUGCCUUUUCGAGGAGCAGCAACACCGCUUGCGUUCUCCAACAGCUGCUUGGCCGGCCGUGCUCUCUGAGCUGCUGACCCUCUCCAGGACGCGUGGUCGGGCUCGGGAUGGCUUCAGCCUUGCAGGCAGAGCUCCGUGGCAGUGCUGGAUGUGGCCGUGGGCAGGGCGUAAGCUGGAGCGGUGGUUUUUCUGUCCGCGAGCGCGGGGUGAGGGAGCAGGCAGGCUAGUUGUGGCGUGCUGGCACUCGGGGCGGAGCAGCUGGGUUGUGUCAGGGCGAUGGGUGUGCGGGAGGGACGUCUGCCCGUGCAGGAUCCCAUCCCCAACGCCGAGCAUCUUGUCCCCCUGAAACAGGGGAUUGCAUCUCCCUUUCCCAGGUCUCUCCCUGGGAAUAGGGCACGCUUGGGCAGAUGUUGAUCUGAGAGAUGCUCCGUAGCAUCCCGGUGACCUGUCCCCCAUACCGGUCCCCUUCCUCUCUGUCCUGCCUGCUGCCGGUGGAGUUUGCUCGGCUGGGCUGGGCUGGGAGAGGGUGGAAGGGAGAUCUCCUUCGCCAGGCCCUGGGCGGACUGCUGCCAGCCCGAGCACGGCCCCCCUGCGCAGCAGAAGUCGCGUCCCAUCUGAAGGGGCGUCGCUGGUGCUGGGGGAGAGGAGCUUUGUGCUGGGACCCUGCCACCCUUUGGGGUCACGCCGGCGACGGGAUCAGCCCAAGGCUCUCGGUGAAGGAACUGCGGCGAGGUGGUGAUUCACGAUACCUGCAGACCUGCCGUGCCACCUUCCAGCAAGGGUUUGCAGAGAAGAGGUGUGGGAGAGCAAUCCCUCUGCGUGUCCCUGCUCGGAGAAGUGCCCUUCCGUGGUUUAUCCGAGACCUGGCUCCAGCUCCAGCUCUGCUCUAGCAAUACUGUCUUGUUUUUUUACUUUUGAUUUAAAUAGUACUGGGUGUUUUUUGGGGCUGUGAGCUCCCCCGUGCCGCCGGCAGCCCUACGAGGAGCGUGCAGAGACCAUCCGCUCCCCUGGCAGAGGGCAGGGAAGGGGCUGGAGCUGCUCCGCUCCCCUUCCUCGAGCCGGGCUAGAGAGGAGGGAUGGGGUCUUCACUUGCCAGCACAGCAUUGCUGGCACCUGCCCAGCCCGGGGGAUGUCCCUGGUGGGACGGAGAGCACUGGCGUCUCCCGAAAGGGACCCAGGAGGGUUUCCCUGUCCCGCAGCUGGGACCCUGGGGUCCCAGAGCAGCCUCCAUCAGAGCUGUGACUUGCAGGGAGCUCCCUGCCUCUGGGACAGCGCUAUUAACCUCUCUGUCCCCUUCUUUCCUUCCUCCUCCUCUUCCUUUUUGCCCCACAACGCCAGAGCAGGGGCAGCAACAGCUGCUUUAAGUAAAGCACUUUAAGGCCCAGGCUGCGAGGGCGCAGGCAGGCGCUGCGCUGCACGGGCAGCUCCUGCCUCUCCCUGCUUUGCACGGGGUCGGGUCUGGCUCUGCCCGCUGCCGGCCGGGCUGUGCCGGGGAUCCCACCGCACCGCCGGCCGUGCUCCUCAAGUGUGUUACCCGCGACUUUUUGCAUAACUAGAACUUUUAACGAGACGUACUGUUUUUUGAAGAAGAAUCAAAUCGAUGACGUAUUUGUAGCAAAGCAUUUUUCUCAAUAAAGGCAGUUUCAUCCACA